AUCGAAGGGUGAUAAAGGGUAUUGACUAUAGUAGAAGAGGUCAAAUUUCAGAUGGUUAUGUUUUUGCAAUAAAGAGGAUCUUAAGGUACUUUCCCAUUACACCUAUCGAAGAGCAAACCGCUACUUUGAGUCAUAAACAGAAAUGGCUUGAUAAACUCACCUCAUUGCGGAACCAGAAUAAAACGAUUGUAAUCAGAGUUUUGUACGGGAUGGGUACGAAGCCAGUAGAUCUAACGCUACGUUUCAGCAAAGUUGAAAAAGAAAUUAUACAGAGCUUAGUUUAG